UAUUAAGCAAAUAUAUGCAGUUUCAAUAUUUGUAUUAGGUUUCAAUCUCAAAAGCACGUACAAUAAUGAAAUUAAAAAUUUAAAAACAUUGUAUUUGAUAAAAUAUAAAAUACAAUGUUUUGAAAUUUCUUUUUUUUGUGCUGCUGGUUGUUCCUAUAGUAUAUAGUUACGGCUCUGACAUAUAAUCUGACUUAUAAUCUAACCUAUAAAACUUUGCCAUAUGAAUUAUCGUGCGCACGUGUAAGUUUCAAUUAUUUUUGUAUCAGGGAAGAAAAUUUAAAUUUAUCUUGCAUUUACUUAGAUUGAGAAGAUUCACGUUUUUUUCUUGUGAUAACAACGUACAAUUGCUUUCAUUAUCAUUUAUAUCAACACGCAUCACAGUUCUGUUUUAAUAGUACGAUUUAGCUUUAUUAUUUAGACGCCUCGUUUAUUUAUGCGCAGUAAUUUAAUUAAUUCUUUUUCUUAGAAUAAUUUUUUCAUUGAUUCUUUCGUGUUAUGACAAUAGUCUAAAAGAUAAGUAAAGAACCGAACAAACAUGUUCAUACGUCUAGCCACUCUUACACGAAACCGUAUUAUUGUUAAUUAUAAAUGUGUUUUGUAUAAUAUUAAGACUUAAUUGUUAUUUUGCAAUAUUUUGAGAUAUUUAUUUUAGUUAAUGUAAUUAUGUCCCAGGGAGAGAAGGAUUUAGACAUAAAUAAAGCUUUUGAAGAUUUAUUAUUUGCGGAGGAAAUCGCGCAGAAGUCAGGCUAUGAGAAGGGCUACGAGAGCGGCAAGCAACAGCUGCUGAAGGGAUAUCAUCUUGGGUAUCAUAGGGCUAGUAUAAUUGCCGCGCAAUUGGGAUACUACAGCGGGGUGUUGGAACAUUAUUUACAGAACAAUGAUGCCAAGUGUGAGAAAGCGACGACGAUAGCGAAAAAGCUCUUGGAGGAUAUUCGCAGCACCCUGCCCAACCGCCAGGACAAUUUGGACAUCCUGAAAGCAGUGGAGGAUAUUAAAUUCAAAUACGCCAAGUUCUGUUCACUGGCGAAAAUUAAUCCGCUGUAUCCAGAGACGGAUAGAUUGGAAUUUUAAACACUGACAAUCAUGACAGAAUACAACCGGCACUUUG